AUGGCUCCAGUCAGCUCUAGGUAUCAACAGCCUACGGGUAUGCCGUACGCCAAUCCAGGACAUUUUGGAGGAAAAUUUCGGAUUGCGGAUGGCAUAAAGUUCAACACAAACAGUCAUUUCUACAAAGCCUCGCCUAUAGAAUAUUUUGGCUCAAGAUAUCCAUCACUUUUUGAAGUGAAGCACCGGAAGUUGUCGGUCUCCUCGCACCAAUAA